AAGGACACGAUAACGUUGCUGUUUUGUUUCCAACGCCACGCAGCCCUCAAAGUUAGACAGCAAGCGAGAAGAAGCGGGCAAGGACUAGUUCGUGAGAGAAAACGCACUAGAGAAACAAAACAAAAUGAUAGUAAAAGUUAGUGCCCUCCAAUAGCUUUUCAUUAGGACAGGAAUUCUCACCCUUCUUCCGCUCUUUUCAAGCGCUCAGACGGGGCCCUUCAAAGCCUGAAUGGUGCGACGGGCUGGACUGCCAGACAACAACAACUUUCAACUUGACCUUGGCCUCCAACUGCGUCUCACCUCCCUAUGUAAAACACAGCCAAGUCCAGGGCUCGCCUUCUGACUUCGCAUGCUAUAAACACGUAGGAAGCCGAAUGUCUUCAAUAUUUGGAACGAUAAAUCAGACUUUUACUUCAUCUGUGUUUCCUUUGUUUUAUAGGAGGGUAGAAAAAUCUCAGGCCAUUUGUGUCUCGCAGAGAUACUCGCAAUGUAAAUCACUUAAAGUGGGCUCCUUUCUAUAAGGCGGAUCCCACAGAGUAUAGUGGAAAGGGGUAUUCCUGGACAUUCCUGUAUUGCGUAUAACCCGUAGCGUUUGUCAUAGUCGCACCACCGAGGUAUUCGCGUAGUAGAUUGUGCUCAAUUUAAGAAACAAAUCAAGUACACUAGUUGCUUUAAUGAGUUUAUUCUUUAACAAUAUCGAUUCAUGCAAAUGUAAGCCUGAAAUGAAGACAAAGAGGGGGCGAUGUGCGUACGCAAAAGCAUUGCACAUUGGUUAUGCGUGCAAGUGACUGAAUAAAAAUCGUCAAAAUAGCAAAAAAAAACGAAAUCGUUAUUUCAGCAAAAAAAAAAAUUUUAUUUGAUUCUCAUUUGACCGUGCUAUAUGAUAAAAAAAACAUCCAAAGUGUGAAUAUCUCCUUGUUUAAACACCUAAAAUGUAGAUAUAGCUUAUGAUCCUACACACAAAAAAGUAAUUUCAUAUGCGCCAUUUUGUUCAAUGGGAAACACACCAGCAAACUCAGUUAAAUCUGCAGGGACAAAAGCAAAAAUCCCCUCAUAUGUACCAUCACCUUACUUCGCCGCAUUAUUCUCCAUGUAAUUAUCUGCUGAUGUUUACCGUCCUCUUUGCAUAGCCCCGGUCACAUGAGGAAGUCUUGGCCAAUAAGAGCCAACCUCUGCACUCCUGUGCGCGUCAGAGCGGCUUUUACUCACUGAGAGCCCCACCAUCUCCUUUUUUCAGUCACUGGUCUUUUUUAAAAAGAGUCAGAAGCUUCCGAUGUUGGAUGCCGUGCUAUGACAACGUCACUGCUCCUCCGUCCUCGCUGGGUCGACCCGUCGGUGAUGUUCCUCUAUGACAACGGCGGCGGUUCCGACGAAGCGAGCAAAAACAUGGAGGGUUUCCCGGGUGGCAACUUCGCCGCGAAUCAGUGCAGGAAUCUGAUGGCGCACCCCGCGUCCCUGGCACCCAGCGCCGCUGCGGCUUAUUCCUCCGGGGACGUGCCUGCCUCCGGUGUGGGCGAACCAGUAAAGCAGUGCAGCCCCUGUUCAGCGGCUCAAAAUUCCACCAGCGCGUCCCUGCCGUACGGGUACUUCGGCUACCCGUGCAGGAUGUCGCAUCACAGCGGCAUUAAGUCAUGCGGAGCACAGCCACCUUCUGCGUAUGGGGAGAAAUACAUGGACACGGCUGCCUCGGGAGAGGAGUUCUCAUCUCGGGCGAAGGAAUUUGCUUUCUAUCCAACUUACCCUUCUGGGCCAUACCAACCUGUCCCAAGUUACCUCGACGUCCCCGUGGUGCCUACAAUCAGCGCUUCGUCAGAAGCCAGACACGAGUCCCUGCUGCCCAUGGAGAGCUACCAACCUUGGACUCUCGCCCCCAACGGGUGGAACAGCCAGGUUUAUUGCGCCAAGGAACAGCCUCAGCCUGGGCAUAUGUGGAAGUCCUCUCUGCCAGACGCAGUGUCCCACGCAGCAGGAGACGUCGGCUCGUUCCGGCGCGGGAGAAAGAAGCGCGUGCCAUACACCAAGGUGCAACUGAAGGAGCUCGAGCGAGAGUACGCCGCCAAUAAAUUCAUCACGAAGGACAAACGGAGGCGGAUAUCUGCCCAGACCAACUUGUCUGAGCGGCAGGUCACGAUAUGGUUUCAGAACAGACGAGUCAAGGAGAAAAAGAUUGUCAACAAACUGAAGACGAUCAGCUAGUUGAUUAUAAUUUCUGAUUGCCGUUAUUAAUAUUAUAUGGGACAUAAUCUGUUGGAGAUGUACAGGCCUGCGGGUGUUUGGACACGUGGAUUUGGACACCGUGCUCCUUUGCUGACUGAACAUGAUUCAAAUUUGAUGUAGGCAAAUGAUUUCCGGGAGCCUCUGGAACAAACUUUCCUGGGGCCUCUGAAGGCCGGACCAUUUUUUUUUUUUUUUUUUUUUUCCCUGCCUCUUGUUAAAUACUAAAUUGGACAGAGAGCUUGAGACAAUAUACAAAUAUAGUGCCAGCAUGUGUGACUUUUUAUUUUAUUUUAUUUUAUUUUUUUAAUAUAUAUUUCCAUUUUGUUUCUAUUUUUAUUUUUUAUUUUUUGGCAUUCCUCUGUACACAGAGGUGUGCGCCACCGAGCUACACCUUUAUCUUUUAACAAGGGCAAUAAAUAGACGAGUCACAGGAAAUUCUGCCGUUUUGGGGGGAUUUGGACCUUGGAAAUGUUAAAUAUUAAACCAUCCUGGCUUCCUUUUUUAAAGCCUGUUCUCGUGCUUAGCUUGUAUGAAGUCUAUAGUCUUACCGUAUGGAUCCUCCAUGCUUUCGUUCAUAUGCAGUCCAUGGUGCAAUUCCUAUUGUAAUACUUAUAAAUAUUUCGUCCAGGAGAUGUGCUUGUACCAAUCAUAGCUCCUGCAAUGUACGUGUGUGUCUUCAUGUGGUUGUAUAUCAGUGUAAAAGUAAAUCCCAGCAUGAUAUCCAUGUUAUGUGUGUAUGUAUGUAUGUGAGAGUGCGUAUGGUUGGUGUUAAAAGUCCGUCUCUGCAAUAAAAUGUGGACUUGGUUGAAUUUUUUAUCCAA